UUGACCAUACCUCCACAGCCAAAGUUCUAUGGUCAGCAUGCCCUGCCGAAGGACCCUAGUAUGCAGUCGGGAAUAGAUGCUUGGAGGUCGUCUGUCCCCAACUGUCUGCACCAGUAAUGCUAGCUUGGUGUGCAACGACCGGUGGUGGCCCUCCCAGUCAACACCACCUCAUAAGAUAAAGGACAUUGUUUAUGAGGAUUGCCUGCUGCAGUUGUUUGAGAGAUUUCCAGUUUGCAGCUGAACAUGCAACAUAGAGAAGACCAGCAAGGGGACCCUCAGCUGGAACCAGCCUGAUUUAUGUGUGUACGUGUAUGCGUGUGUAUGCAUAUCAUGACAUCUGAAGUGAAAUAGAAAGGUGAAUACAGCUAUCAGGUUGGUUCCACCGUGCUAAUCACAACCACCAGUAAUCAGGUUGGUUCCACCGUGCUAAUCAUAACCACCAGUGAUCAGGUUGGUUCCACCGUGCUAAUCAUAACCACCAGUGAUCAGGUUGGUUCCACCGUGCUAAUCAUAACCACCAGUGAUCAGGUUGGUUCCACCGUGCUAAUCAUAACCACCAGUGAUCAGGUUGGUUCCACCAUGCUAAUCACAACCACCAGUGAUCAGGUUGGUUCCAUCGUGCUAAUCACAACCACCAGUGAUCAGGUUGGUUCCAUCGUGCUAAUCACAACCACCAGUGAUCAGGUUGGUUCCACCGUGCUAAUAAUAACCACCAGUGAUCAGGUUGGUUCCACCAUGCUAAUCACAACCACCAGUGAUCAGGUUGGUUCCACCGUGCUAAUCACAACCACCAGUGAUCAGGUUGGUUCCACCGUGCUAAUCAUAACCACCAGUGAUCAGGUUGGUUCCACCGUGCUAAUCACAACCACCAGUGAUCAGGUUGGUUCCACCAUGCUAAUCACAACCACCAGUGAUCAGGUUGGUUCCACCGUGCUAAUCAUAACCGCCAGUGAUCAGGUUGGUUCCACCGUGCUAAUCAUAACCACCAGUGAUCAGGUUGGUUCCACCGUGCUAAUCACAACCACCAGUGAUCAGGUUGGUUCCACCGUGCUAAUCACAACCACCAGUGAUCAGGUUGGUUCCACCGUGCUAAUCACAACCACCAGUGAUCAGGUUGGUUCCACCGUGCUAAUCAUAACCACCAGUGAUCAGGUUGGUUCCACCGUGCUAAUCACAACCACCAGUGAUCAGGUUGGUUCCACCGUGCUAAUCACAACCACCAGUGAUCAGGUUGGUUCCACCGUGCUAAUCAUAACCACCAGUGAUCAGGUUGGUUCCACCGUGCUAAUCACAACCACCAGUGAUCAGGUUGGUUCCACCGUGCUAACCACAACCACCAGUGAUCAGGUUGGUUCCACCGUGCUAAUCAUAACCGCCAGUGAUCAGGUUGGUUCCACCGUGCUAAUCACAACCACCAGUGAUCAGGUUGGUUCCACCGUGCUAAUCACAACCACCAGUGAUCAGGUUGGUUCCACCGUGCUAAUCACAACCACCAGUGAUCAGGUUGGUUCCACCGUUCUAAUCACAACCACCAGUGAUCAGGUUGGUUCCACCGUGCUAAUCACAACCACCAGUGAACAGGUUGGUUCCACCAUGCUAAUCACAACCACCAGUGAUCAGGUUGGUUCCACCGUGCUAAUCAUAACCACCAGUGAUCAGGUUGAUUCCACCAUGCUAAUCAUAACCACCAGUGAUCAUGUAAUCAGUGCUCUGUUUGUGUAUGACCGACCCGUAGCUUUGAGUGGCCAGGAGCUGAUCUACACUGCCAUACCCAUCAAUUGGGCGCUGGCAAAGGCCUCACCUCCAGCCUUACCUCUUGCCUGCUCACCAACGGUCGUCGAUGGGUAGACCAGAGUUAGAAACGUGUGUGGUGCCAGCACAUGGAGAGUUGCAAGAUGAUGUGAUGAAGUCCAGACUGACAGACGGGCUUGAUACUGAUGUCUCUAAAUGGCACUCGGCAUUAAAAUUUUACUAGACACAACUUUUACUUGUCUUUUUAUAUUAUUGAAUUGAAUGGUAUCAGUAAAUAUGGGGAGGGAGAAAACCCUGUGUAUUCCUCACCCAGAUCAGGAAACUGAUCUGACACCGCGCAGGCACCGUGCAGGGAGGUAUGACCACUCUGACAUGUUUAGGUAGCCCCAUUACCACCACACAAAAUACAGAUAGGCGCAGUAUCUGUAUCGGCUGGGAAUGACAAUGAAAUGUGAAAGAUGCACAUUGUUAUAUUAGCAGAACGCUACUUUUAUGGUAUUAUAUAAAGGGGGGGGUGUCGAACUCAUUCCGUGGAGGGCCGAGUGUCUGCAGGUGUUAGUUCUGUCCUUUCAAUUAAGACGUAGACAACCAGGUGAGUGGAGUUCUUUACUAAUUAGUGACCUAAAUUCAUCAAUCAAGUAACAAGGGGCAGAGAAAAAAAACACUCAGCCCUCUGUGGAGUGAGUUUGACACGGGAUGUAAAGGGUUUAUACUACAUCGACCUGUUACUACAUUUGAAGAUUAUCAAAACACGUAGUUUAGAAUAUCUACAUGAACUCAUCAAUUGCAUUCUUCUUAUAUUACCAUGUAGGCUACUGACCUAUGCAAAGCUUCCUCCGGCGUCUCACCAUACAUCUGCCUGUAGUUAUUGAACUCAACCUGAGGUUUGUUGUGGUUGAGUGGGGGGUUCUGACGGAUGUGUGUCUUGGUGGUGGCAAGGACACACCCAAGAAAUACCUACAUCCAACCACACCCCCAAGUCAACUCACGUUUGGCUUCUGUCAUAGCCGCCAGAGUUUCUUGAGAAGCAAGACCAAUAAAAACUUGGCGAAAUCACGGGUGCAGUUCCCAGCAUGCCCCCCAAAAAACGAGGCCAAAUUAGCGUGUGCAAUUUCCCUUUAAACAAGAUCCCUUUCUCUGGCAAAAUCUAUUAGUAUAAACUAAUUUCCCAUAUUUUUAGGAUACAAUAUACACUGAGUAUGGAGAGAAAAAAUAAGAACACCUGCUCUAUCCAUGACACACUGACCAGGUGAAUCCAAGUGAAAGGGGAGGGGACAGGUUAAAGAAGGAUUUUUAAGCCUUGAGACAAAUGAGACAUGGAUUGUGUAUGUGUGGCAUUCAGAGGGUGAAUGGGUAAGACAAAAUAUGGAAGUGCCUUUGAACGGGGUAUGGUGGUAUGGUAGUAGGACAUCCAGCCAACUUGACACAACUGUGGGAAGCAUUGGAGUCAACAUGGGCCAGCAUCCCUGUGGAAUGCUUUCAACACCUUGUAGUGUCCAUGCACCAACAAAUUGAGCCUGUUCUGAGGGCAAAUAAUUAUUAUUAUUUUUGCUUGUCUUUAUCAAUGGUGUCAAUAAUUUCAGACCCCACUAUACAUACAAUAUGAAUAUAAUAUUUCCAAAUCUCUAUGUCAGUGUUCAGACUGAACUUUUCCGAUCAUGAAAUAAGAGAAAUUGGCAAUGCCCAUACAAGAACACCACCAAGUACAUAGUAGCCAUUGGUCAAGGUUGUGGGUUCAAUCCCCUCAGGGAUCACAUACACAUAAUAAAAAUGUAUGAACUCACUGUGCUCUUAACUGGACGUUACUUUGGAUCAAAGUGUAUGAUUAGUGGCACAUUUCAUUAUCAAUAUUAUGAUAUUAUAUUGGAACGUGGGAAUGUAUUGUGUGAAGCAGUGCACAUUUACCUGUUGACCUCUGACCUUCGUACGUAACCCUUGUCCUUGCUGUCCAGCAGGGUGGAAAAGAGGAAGUUACUGGACCCUGUAGGAGCUUUGAAGGAGAAGUUCCUGAGGGCCAAUUCG